UGGCGCGUCGGGAUUGGACGGAGUGCACGGGGGUCUCGCGCGGCUCGCCCCCUCGCGUCCCUGCGCUCGAUCGCUCCCGGCUCGGCCCCUCGCGCGGCUCGUAGCGCUCGGCUCCGCCUGCGAAUCGUCUUGUUGUGAACUGAAUCGUCUCGUAGCGCUCGGCUCCGCCUGCUAGCGGGAGGCUAUCGUGACCUAGGUUUCCAGGCGUCCGCCGUCGAUUCGUCUUCCCCGCACUACUGCCCACGGCGGAACUGUGGCGCCGGAAUAGGUGCCAUCUCAGCUAUGGAAGAAGGGCUGCGCUGCGAAGCCCUACCCGGCGACGGCCACGCCGCGGACGGAGCAGAAGGCAGUGACGGCCACGCCGUCGACGGGAUAGCAGGCGGCGACGGCCACGCCACCGACGGGGCAGAAGGCGGCGUGCCCGCGACGUCCCUGGGCGAUCGCGAGCAAGCUAUUCUGUCGUCGUCGAUCCUCAGAUUAAAUGCUCCUUCUGCGAAUCAUGAUGUUGCUUGUGAUCGUGGAGAAGAGGAACAACAAAUACCACAUGUUGGAGCAGUGGAGAUUGAAGUACCAAAUGAGGAUGUGGUUGAUAAAUAUGCUGAGAUGUCACCUAAAGUUGGAAUGACUUUUGACUAUGAGGAAAAAGCUUAUGAGAUGUACAAUACCUAUGCUGGACUUGUUGGCUUCAGUGUUAGAAAGAGCAGGAUGAAGCGCUGCAAAUCAGAUGAUAGUUUAUCUCAGAAAUAUUUUGUUUACAGUGGCCAAGGACUUCGGAAAAAUGAGGCAUCACAAAAAGAUAUUACAAGGACCUAUUGUGAUGCUCGUGUCCAGUUUAGUAUCAGCAAGGAGAAUGUAUGGACUGUGCAAAAGAUCGUAGUAGAGCACAACCAUUAUCUUGCCAGUCCAAAUAAGAUACAUAAGUUGAGGUCCCAACGAGAGAUUAUAGAGGCAGAUAGAAAAUUAAUUGGGCAGGCACGGCGGUCUGGAAUGAAGCCAUCCCAAGUUUUCAAUUUUAUGAAGGAGCAUUAUGGAGGGGAAGACAAAGUACCAUUUACUAAGAUGGAUUGCUAUAAUGAGAUUGGUCGCGAGCGCAGACAGUACUUAGAAGGCAAUGAUGCACAAACAUUAUCUGAAUAUCUGAGAAAUAAACAAGCCCAGGACCCAACAUUUUUUUAUGCAGUUGAGGUGGACAAGGAUACUGGUCAUAUAGCAAAUUUCUUUUGGGCAGAUGGUCAGUCUAUCAUGGAUUACAAAUGCUUUGGUGAUGCUGUGUCCUUUGACACCACAUUUCAAACAAAUAAGUUUGAAAUGCCUUUUGCUCCGAUUCUUGGCACCAACCAUCACAAGCAAACAAUAAUUUUUGGGUGUGCACUCAUGUUCAACGAGACUAUUCCAUCAUUUGUUUGGCUAUUUGAGUCCUUUCUUCAAGCAAUGUCUGGAAAGCACCCAAGCAUAAUUUUCAUAGAUCAAGACGCGGCAAUGGCAGCAGCAAUUGCUCAUGUAUUCCCAAACACAGCCCACCGCCUAUGUUUGUGGCAUAUUGGCCAAAAUGCUGUCAAACAUCUUGGUCCUAUAAUUAAAGCGGCAGAGGACAAGGCAGAGGACAAGACAGAGGACAAGGCAGAGGACGAGGCAGAGGACAAGUCAGGUAACAAGUUCAACAAGUUCUGGGCGGAUUUCAAAAGUUGUAUCUACGAAGACAGAGCAGAGAUUUACUUCAAUGAGAAAUGA